GGUGCGGGACCCAGAUGGUCGCCAUUAACGCCAUGAACUUUCCUUGGCCUGACCUGCAAGCUUUCUCUCUCUACGUGCCCCAUUCUCCCUGUACUUUACUUGCAUGCUGCUUGACACGCCACUCUGCAACCAUUAUAUAUACCCUUCAACAUGGUCCCCUUUCCUCUCGACUCUUUCAGCGGCAGCGCCGUUGUUAUCAGAGGCUCCCUGGGAGUUGCCCCUCUCUUUACCAAUCAAUCUGCAGCACCACCAUGUUGGCCGUCCCUUACCCCAGCCUCUGCCUCUUGGCCUCAAUGGCCUCUUUGUCGCUCAUAGCUAUGGUGGCAGGUGGCAGGAGGAUAAGCGGCGCCACCACCACCACCGCCACUGCCACUCCUCUGAAGAUGCCGUGGGAGAAAGGAGAGCAAGACGACCCGGAUGAUGCCGUGGGCACUAGGUGGGCCGUUCUGGUUGCAGGGUCUAAUGGCUACUAUAACUAUCGGCACCAGGCCGAUGUCUGCCAUGCCUACCAGUUGCUCAGAAGGGGAGGGCUCAAGGAGGAGAACAUAGUGGUGUUCAUGUAUGAUGAUAUUGCCUACAGUACAGAGAACCCGAGAAGGGGCGUCAUCAUAAACCAUCCCGAGGGCAGAGAUGUGUACGCUGGUGUCCCCAAGGACUACACUGGGGUACACGUGAACACGAAGAAUCUUUAUGCAGUGCUUUUGGGCAAUAAAACAGCACUAGAUGGUGGGAGUGGCAAAGUUCUUAAAAGCAAGCACAAUGACCAUAUCUUCAUAUACUACUCGGAUCAUGGUGGCCCUGGUGUGCUGGGGAUGCCCAACAUGCCUUUCCUUUAUGCAAAUGAUUUCGUGAACGUGUUGAAGAAGAUGUACCACUUGAGGCGGUACAAGGAGAUGGUGAUAUACGUUGAGGCUUGUGAGAGUGGGAGCAUCUUCCAAGGACUACUGCCUAAAGACAUGAACAUGUAUGUCACCACAGCGUCGAACGCAGAGGAGAGCAGCUUUGGCACCUACUGCCCCGGCAUGUCGCCUUCCCCUCCCCAAGAGUACAUCACCUGCUUGGGAGAUCUCUACAGCGUUGCGUGGAUGGAAGAUAGUGAAACUCACAACUUAAAGAAGGAGACUCUCAAAAAGCAAUAUUUGAAGGUGAAGAAUAGAACAUCAGACCGCAGCACCUACAAUCUUGGGUCUCAUGUGAUGCAGUAUGGAAACAAGAGCAUGAGGGUGGAGAGAUUGUAUCUGUACCAAGGCUAUGACCCUGCAAAUGCCAAUGCCACAGACAAUGCCCUGCCGCAGCAGCAACACCUUGCUCCCAUGGAAGUUGUCAACCAGAGAGAUGCUGAUCUCGUUUUCUUAUGGCAGAAGUACAUGCGUGCCAAGGAAGGGACGUUGGAGAAGGAAGCAGUACAGAAGCAAAUCGCAGAGGUGAUGGCACACCGAGUGCGGGUAGACAGGAGUGUGGAAGUGAUCAGCCAUCUUCUAUUUGGCAAGGACGUGGCUCCUAAGCUCGUCAACGUCAUUAGAUCACCUGAACAACCGAUAGUCGAUGACUGGGAUUGUCUGAAAUCUAUGGUUGAAGCUUAUGAAGAGGAGUGUGGCUCCUUGGGCCAGUAUGGCAUGAAGCACAUGAGGGUGUUCGCCAACGUGUGCAACCAAGGAGUGCCCAUGGGAGUAAUAAGAGCAGCGUGCGUGGAGGCCUGCACCACCCUCUGAAUAGUACUUAGAAAAUAAAAGACCUUUCUUAAAAGGGUGUUUAUACAUAAAGGGCAAUCAUGUAUAGAGCAUACAUAAAGGCCUCCUCCAUCUUCUAUUACGGACUAUUCUUGUAAGCAAAUGACCUUAAUUGUGUCAUAUAGAUGACGUGUAUGUGCGUAUGCCCUAUGUCUGCAUAGGCUUUGUGGGAUUUGAGUUCCAGUGGUUUAUAUAU